UGAAAGGCUUCUGGAGGGCGGGACAGAAUAGGGGUAUUAGGCGGAGGAUGGGGUUACUUACCAGUUGACACUCUGGCAAGACCCAUCCCCUAGUUUCCCACCACUAGUCUUGCUUCUACCCUCAAGUGAGGACUGUACUAUGAAUCUUUUGUUAGGAAGCUGCUGCUUGAGAGGCUAUGCCUCUAUGCGACUGGGACGAGACCUACUCUACAAGAAAAAUCUCCUGGUUAGUAAGAGCCCGCCAGGAGAGGAGGACUAGAUCUCUCCAGUGAAAGCUGGGACCAGGAGAGGUGGACAGUUUUUCCUCCCCCAAAAGCCCUCAAGAGUCCUCAUCCAAUGGAAGAGUCUGCUGCCCGGGAGGCUGAUUUCCACCUUCAGUUCUACCCACUCCUGCUUCGCCUGCUCCACCUUUCCCUAAAGAACUAUCGCCUCAUACGCAGAGGUCAGCGAAUCCAUUUUGGGGUAGUUUAAAACAAGCACGCACGGCCCAAAAAAGGAGGGGCUGUAGCCCUUUAAGAACUUCGCCAGGAUGGAUUCGGAGAGGAGUUUAAAAAUGCCAACUCACAGAGCGCGCUGGAUUCUGGGAACGAGGUGCCAGACCGAGAACUACAUUGACCAGUGUGCAACGCAAACACACGCCUUUACUUCCUUUUGCUCUUUAGGACUCUGGUUUGACGUAGCGCUCCUCAAAGCAAGCUGUCUUAGGCUUAUGGCUCAGCCACACCCUUUCACCUAUUGGUGAGCUCGUGAGUUGGUGGGCGUGGCCUAACGCAGCUCACCCAGGCAAAGGGGUGGCCUCCUUGCCAAUCAGAGCUAAGACGGCCGGAGAGGCGGGACCUGGGCGAAGUGCUGGCGCCCCAGAGUGGGUGUGGUCACGCUGCCCAGCAGUGGGCGGUGAUUGGCCCUGGGCGGUGCAAUCGCAGCUUGUGCGUCACGACGCCGCCAGCUGAUCGGAGCCUGGAGCCGGUGUGUGCUGGGCGCAGGGAAGACACAGCGCCGCCGGCCGUGGGGGACGGACGCACUGAUUUGCUCCCCUACCCUCAGCAGCCCCCCCACCCAGCACCAGGUGGGUGUGAGCUGGGGUCUCCGCCGCACAGGAGGGAACCGUGCUAACAGGGAGCCUGUCCCUCCCACAUCCUCAACUGGCUGAGCCGCAGUAGUUCUUCAGUGGCAAGCUUUAUGUCCUGACCCAGCUAAAGCUGCCAGUUGAAGAACUGUUGCCCUCUGCCCCUGGCUUCAAGGAGGAGGAGGAAGAGGAGAAGGAGCUGCUUUCCCCCUCAUCUGGAAGGUGACGGAACUGGGGCUGGGAAGGUCAGAACAGCGGGAGUGGUGAUGCCUUUUGGAAAAGGGAACCUUGCUCAGUUGGAGACCCUUCAGCCAGAUUGGCCCAGCAAGAGAGAACAGUUGUAGAUUAGAGACCCUCGUUGGGCUGGGGACUAGAUGGCUGUGACUACCCAAGGUUAGUUGGUCUACAUCAGUGUGUGACAAAGGGAAGACAAUGGGAGCAAAGAAAACUGGCAACACCUUUACUCAGAUGUCUUUCUUGACCCUCCUUCCUGUCUCCCUUUCUUUCCUACUGCCUUUCCAGGUGAGGUCCAAAGUAAAUUUCAUCUUCAGGGAAGAGGUCAUACUGAAACUCCCAUCUGAGUAGUCAACCCCAUGCUCUUAGCUUUCCCUGUAUUUCCUCAGACUGGCCUAGACUCCAGUUACAGGGAUAAAUCACCUAUAUGUGGGAACCUUGGGCCUCUUGUCUCAGCUUCAACACCUGUGAGAUGCAGAAUCAUACAGUUGAAUGUGCAGGAGGGACUCAGAAGCCUACUGUGCAGACUCAGAGCCUGGGCUCUCUUCUCCCUGUGGGUGGGAACAAAACAGCUUUUCAUAUAAGCUGUUGCCCAUCCCCCCAUCCCUAACCAACACAACCCCAGGAGCUGGGGGUGGGGGGAGGAUUAGAGGGAGGGGGCUAGAGUUAGACCAGGGCUAGGGGCUGGAGGAGCUCAGUCUCUACAUUGACUUCCCACCAUACAAAGGUGGCCCCAGGUUUCCUCUGCCACCCAAAACAGAACUGCAGCCCCUGAUGGGGUUCCAACUGCUGUUCCUCUGUUUCUUCUCUCACUUUACCUUCCAGGAUAAUUUGUGAGACUCAGCUCAGGCUUAUGAGGCAGGAAAUUCUCUCCAGCAACCAGGCGAGAUGGGUUGUGGGAUGUGACCCCCUCUGGGGAAUCAAGCUGUGUAAACCUAGCACCCCUGGCUCCUGAUGCCAUGUAACUCUUGGGGCUCAGGCUCUGGUGUGGUUCAACCGUGGCCCAGCCUCCCUGCCUGAAGGUGGCCAAAUUCAGGGGCUGCAGAAAGCUGUCCCGCUGUGGGGCACAAGAUGUACAGGUAGCUGGGUCCUUUUCUCCACUUAUGAGAGAGAUUUAGGGGAGAGUAGAUCAUUGAACCCACCCUUCUGCAGCCUAGGCUGGAUGUGUGUGGGACUGCGGUGGAGGGGGUGGGUAGACUGGGUCCACUCAUAGGCUGCAACAAAGAUUGUUCUGUCCCUGGACAUUGCUUCCGUCCUUUCUUCCCCUCUCUGCUUCACUGGCCACAGUGUCUCCCUCCAGCCCUGGGUAUGUGGCUCUGCCAUCCUCACCCGUCAUGGAGCAGAGAUGAGGAAGAGCAGCCUGGGAACACAGAGGCAGGCAGAAGACCAGUGAAGGACCAGGCCCGGAGAGCACAGGGCCCUGUCUGGGCACCCCGCAGAGGGGACCCAUAAAGGCCAGGAGCACCCCAGGAGGAGGGAGGACGGCCAGCCUCCAUCAAGAACAAGCUCCCAGCCACUGGCUUCAUUCACUAUUUCUCUCCAGUGUCACUACCUCCCUGAGAUAUGAGACUGUGUUAAAAUGUCCUGUUGCUUCAUCCUCCUACUUCUACUCCCUACCCUAUAGAGUGAUAUAAAGCAGCCUCAAGGAGCAAGAACCAGCUGUGAAAGGACAUAUGUAGGGAAUUCAUAGAAGAAAUUCAAAUGGAUAAAACCAUGAAAAACAAUGUGUGCUUCAUUAGUAAUUAAAGAAAGACAAGCAUCGCUGAAAGCAUGUUUCCCUCGGCAAACUAUAUUUUAAAAAAUAAAAAAAAGAAGACCCAGUAUCGGCAAAGGAGCACUAAAAUAACACUCCUAUACCUUGCAUAUGGGGGUGCGAAUGGGUGUAGCCUUCCUGGAUGUCAGUUUGGUAGUAUGUGUCAAACACUCUAAAAGUGUCCAUCGCCUUUGACCUAGUGAUUCUACACUUGGGAAUUUAUCCUAAGAAAAUAAUUAAAGAUUCAGUUACAAGAUGCUCACCCCAGCAUUGCAAUAGAAAAAAUGAGAAGCAGUUGUCUGAUUGGGAAUUCACUUCUUUGCUGUAAUGAAAAUUUGCAAUGGGGGAUUGCUUAAGUAAAUCAUUGUAUAUCCAUCCAGAUGGUGGAGUACUGCACAGCCAUUAGAAGUCGUGUAGAAGAACAUUUGACUGGAAAGAAAAAAUGCUCUUUUGAAUAUUAAAAAGGUUAUGAAAAUAGUGUGUAUUAUGUGAUCUCAAUUUUUUUUUAAUAUGGGUAUAUUCUUGCCUAUAUAAAACAGAUAAAGACUAAGGACAUAACUCUUAAAUGUUAAUGAUAGUGAUUAUCUUUGGAUGGUGGAACAAAAUCAUUGUGAUUUUCCUCUUUGGCUUUUCUAUUUUAAAAUUUUCUACAUUGUGUAUGGUUCUCAUAUAAUAAAUAAAAUUUAAAAGAAUCAGUGUAAUUGUUUUAAAAACUUGGAGAGGUGGGUGUGGAGGAAUGAAGGGAUGCCCCUAACCCCUUGGACGAAAUGGGGUUUUGGUGAAGAAAAGGGGUUGUGAGAAUGUGAAGAACUUCAUUCUCCAAGAGUAAGUAGCUGGAAUCUACCCCUCUCCACCUACGAGAAACAGGUCUCUGAAUUGCUGGCUUUCAGCCAGCUGAAGAGGUGUGGUGUGGAGUAAGGAAAACAGUAAAAACCUGUCACUCUUCAGGAGAUGGAAGGUGGGGGCGUCGGGGAAGAUUUUAUCUCCAGGCUGAAAGGUUCUAGAAUCCUAUCAGUCUUUGAUUUUCUCUUUGAUUCUGCCCCAACCUGGAGGUGACCCUGCGUGACCUCUCCUUGCCACCUCAGAUUGGAAGAGAGAAUUCUAUUCACCUAACUUGUACCAAGCCCUGGGGGGAGGGGUGCUUUUCAAGACUUGAGUGCUAAGUGGUUUCCUUUUCCCUCCCCUCCUAAUAGCAAGGGUCCUCUGUAGGGCCCCCAAAAGCGGUUGGGGGGAGGAGUCCCCAGCGGGUCGCUUCUCCAAAAUGGGAGCUGUUGUUCCAUUUGAAGGCACUGUGUAAGGGGACAGGACUAUUGGGAUUAAUAGGGUUGCCAUGAUGUGUUAAAGGUCUGGAAACCUCGGAAAGUGGAAAGGGUGGCUCGAAGGAAAUGAGGUACCCCCACAGCUGAGACGGGGUGGGGGUGAUGUGGGGCAGUGCGGUGGCGAUGUUUAAGCAAGUGGGAGUGGGUGUGCGCUGGCCUCUACCUUCAGGUCGGUGAGGGUGCCAAGAGCGGGAUGACCAGCAGGUGAAAGGUUAGUAUAGGGAAGAGGAGGUGAAAGACAAUGGGGCGGGGCCUCUGGGGGUGUCAGGUGAGUUUAGCGACCUAUUUCGGGAGUUCCGAAGGGUUUGGGACACAGGAGUUGGGGAAGAACCCUGUCGACAGCCUGGAAGUCUCCCUGAGCUCCGUUGCAAGGCGUGGUCCCCAGGAGCCCCCAACCCGCCACCCACCCUAGGGCGGGACAGGAUCUGUUGGCUGUAGCUCCGGGGCGUGGCUCCCCGGCUGCUCCAAUCACCACCUAGCCGAGUGAUGGGGGCGUGGUCGAAGCCUAGAAAAGUUAAAGCGGAUUCCAAAGGCGCUGUGGGCUGGGCAAGCCAAAGACCCGUUCUUGCGCGAAAACCAACUCACAGCCCCCGCAGCUGACAUUGGGUGCGUCCCAGCUGAGAGCGCCGGCGCCCAAGGGACUAAAUCGGACCUGCCAGGCCAUGUGGGGGCUCCUUGUGACCGGCGCCUCCUUCGCCGCCUUCCGGGGGCUGCACUGGGCGCUGCAGCUGCUGCCCACGCCGGGAUCUGCUGCCCAGGACCGUUGGAAGUGGCGGAACAUCUGUGUCUCCCUGGUGCACAGCCUGCUCACAGGGGUCGGGGCGCUGCUCGGGCUCUCGCUGUACCCUCAGAUGGCUGCCGACCCGAUUCACGGCCACCCGUUCUGGGCCCUGGUGCUGGUGGCUGUGUCCGUGGGUUAUUUCUUGGCGGAUGGAGCUGACAUGCUGUGCAACCAGACCUUGGGCCAGGCGUGGGAACUUCUCUGUCAUCAUUUGGUGGUAGUGAGCUGCCUCAGUACCGCCAUUCUGUCCAGCCACUAUGUAGGCCUCUCUAUGGUGUCUUUGCUCCUGGAGCUGAACUCUGCCUGCCUGCACCUACGAAAAUUGCUGCUGCUUUCCCACCAGGCCCCAUCCCUGGCCUUCAGCAUGGCCAGCUGGGCCACCCUGGCCACCCUGGCCCUCUUCCGCCUGGUGCCUCUGGGGUGGAUAAGUCUGUGGCUGAUCCGGCAGCAACACCAGGUGCCUCCUGCUCUGGUCAUCCUUGGUGGAACUGGACUGGUGACUGUGGGUGCCAUGAGCAUCAUACUGGGUGUCCGUAUUUUGGUCAGUGAUGUCCUACGGUCUCGGCACCGCCCGCCCAUCCCUGGGCACAAGGAAACCAGGGACACAAGGAGAUGUUGUGAUGGUGAGCUUGUCACCAGGGAUGGCUCCAUUCUCAGCCUGAAAGACUAGAGAGAAGCGUCAGGCUCCUCUCCGGCCAGUCCUGGGGGAGACAUGGCCAGGACAAGGUCAUGGUGGUCUACAGUGCACUGUCCCUCGAUGGGGUAAGGACCAAAAGGAAUUUUCAGUAUCUCAAUUCCUUUUCCGGCUAACUCACACCCUUCCCCAUUCCUAGGAUCUAAGAAGAAAUGCUGAUGCUUAUGAUGGGUGGGAAACCGGGAUCCUGGGCUAUUGUUCACUGAAUCCCAUCAUCAGAUGACCGCUUCGUCCAGCAGACUAACUCAAGAGGUACAGCCAGUUCUACCAAUAAGAGGUGGCAGGAGGCAUGAAGCUAAAUGAAACUACCAAUGAAAUCCUUUGCUUUAGCAUGGGAACAGGUGAAGAAAGGUGAGGUCCUGUUAGGAUCAGAGAGAUCUGGCAUGGAGGGGGUGGGGUCAGAGGAAGAAAGACCUCAACUGUGACCAAAUUCUAGCAAUGGGAGGAGGCCACACAGGUGCUAUCAGUAGCCAGUGGGGGUGGACAUAAUAGUCACCAAGAGACAGAAGAACUGGGCCACUACAAUUGCUGCUGAUAUUUCUGGUUCUCAAAGCCACACUACUGUGUUUGUACUUAAUGUUAGUUCUACUGCCUUAAAAAAAAAUUUUUUUUAAGAGAGAGAGAGAGAGUGGGGGAGCGGCAUAGAGAGAGAAUAUUUUUGUAAUGUUUCUGUAUUUUGAGAGAGUGCAUGCGAGCAGGGGAGGGGCAGAGAGAGAGGGAGAGAGAGAGGAUUUCAAGCAGGUUCCGUGCUGCCAGCACAGAGCCUGAUGUAAGCCUCCAUCUCACAAACCGUGAGAUCACAAGCCGAGCUGAAAUCCAAGAGUCUGACGCUUAGCUGACUGAGCCACCCAGGCACUGAGAGAGAGAAAGAGAGAGAGAGAGAGAGAGAGAGAGAGAGAGAGAGAGAGAGAAUCUUAAGCAGGCUCCGCACUCAGUGUAGAGCCCAACUUAGGGCUCAAUCUCACGACCCUAGGAUCAUGACCUGAGCCAAAAUCAAGAAUUAGAUGCUCAACGCACUGAGCCACCAGGUGCCCCUGCCUUCAUAAUUUUUAAGAAGUCCAGCAUCUUUCUUUUAAAUUUUCUUAGUAUCCUCUGAUCUUUUCAAAGAAAAUGCAGAUUCUUCUUUUUUAAUUUUUUUAAAUGUUUAUUUAGUUUUGAGAGAAAGAGAGCGUGAGCAGGGGAGGGGCAGAGAGAGAGGGAGACACGGAAUCCAAAGCAGGCUCCUGGCUGUGAGCUGUCAGCACAGAGCCCGACGCGGGGCUCGAACUCAAGAACCGCGAGAUCAUGACCUGAGCCAAAGUCAGAUGCUUAACCGACUGAGCCACCCAGGUGCCCACCAGGUCUGUCUUCUUAGGACAGCACUAAAGCCCAGAGCCACGGCAGGGACUCAAACACCUGGUCUGGGUGCCGACUAUAGGGUUUUCCCAGGCCCUGUCUUUCAUGGAAGAAUGAAGGCAGAGGCAGAAGUAGAUGAGGGAAGGCUUCCAUUUGGCUGCAGAGGGACUAAGGUGUAUCUGACUCCCUUCCAGGAUUCCUUUGCGAGCUCUCCCUCUCCUUUCUCCCCUAGCACUUCUGCUGCGCUUUUGUUUUUCACCACACAAAAUCUCUUUUCUUCAGGCAGAACAGCCAGGUUAUGGGAAGUGUAGAGCAGAUUAAGUUUACUAUUCUACAAAGCAAUGGACAGAAAGCGAUAACCCUUAAUCAUCCACAGAAAAAAUACACGAGCAGAAGCAAGAGACAGGAAAAUUAAAACAAAAAAAUCCUGCCCCAAAGCUGAGCUAGAGAAAAGGGACAGUAGAAGUGGACAUACAUAGAUCAAGGGACAAAUAAAAGGAUCACCUGUAUGGAAGAGACAGAGGUGAAGACAGAUGGAGGGCAAGACAGGGAAUCUUUGGCAGAAACGCUGAGAAAGACCCUCAUGGUUGCUGACAGGAAGCAGUCACAGAACUGGUAAAAUGGUCAUAAACGAAGAGGACAAGGACGAGGAAAAUCAGUAUAAAAGCUGACAGGAAGGGCCCCCAAGGGUGCAAGGCACAGAUGGUUUAGACAGAGAAAUAGAGUGAGUGACAAGGAGGAACGACCCGACUCAGGAGAGAUGGAGGUAAUAGAAGCCUUUAGAGAGGUUCGCAGAGCGAGAGAAGAGAGAGGUGGAGAUAGAGGCUGAGGGGGAUUCGUCAGGGGAGCUGAGAAGCAAAAGAACAGAAGGUGAAGAGGCACUCAAUGGGAAGAUUCACUGGCAGAAAAAGAAAGUAGGAAAUAUGUGGAGUUGGGGACAGAAAGACAAAGGACAAACGGCUACACUGUAUAACACAAAGCCAGAGACUGCCAGGAACUGUUAGGCAGAGACUGGUAGGAAGAUGAGGAAAAAUAAGAAUCAGGGAUGUAAAUUGAGAUGGAAGAAUAGGCAAAGGGACUGAGGAGAACCACAGAGAGUGAAAGAAGGGGGAGGGGUGGGUGGAGAGGGGAGCAGACUGAGUAAAUAAACAUCCAAAGGAAGGGGCACCUGGCUGGCUCAGUUGAUGGAGGAUGCGUGAUCUCAGAGUUGUGAGUUCGAGCCCCACGCUGGGUGUAGAUAUUACUUUAAAAAAAAAAAAUCUAGGCGUGCCUGGGUGGCUCAGUUGGUUAAGCGUCCAACUUCAGUUCAGGUCGUGGUACCAGGGUUUGUGGGUUUGAGCCCCACAUCAGGAUCUCUGCUGUCAGCACACAGCCUGCUUUGGAUUCUUUGUCCCCCUCUCUCUGCCCCUACCCCACUUGCUCUCUCUCUCUCUCUCUCCCCCUCUCUCAAAAAUAAAUUAAAAAAAAAACAUUAAAAAAUAAAUAAAAUCUAAAACAAACAAAAAUGCCCCAAACCAAACCAACAAAACAUCCAAAGGAAAAAUCAAGGAGAAGGAGGGAACAGAUGAAGAAAGAAAGAAAGAAAGAAAGAAAGAAAGAAAGAAAGAAAGAAAGAAAGAAAGAAAGAAAAGAGAUAGGGAAAAAAGGAAGGAGGGAUAGUGACAGAUACCCAUCAGAGAUCAUUAAAGCACAAAGUGGGUGGGGCACCUGGCUGGCUCAGUUGGAAGAGGAUUCAACCCUUGACCUCAGGGCCAAGAGGUUUUUGUUUUUUGGGUUUUUUUAAUGUUUAUUUAUUUUGAGAGAGAGAGACAGAGCACAAGCAGGGGAGGAGCAGAGAGGGAGAGGGAGACACAGAAUCUGAAGCAGGCUCCAGGUUCUGAGCUGUCAGCACAGAGCCCUACGCAGGGCUCGAACUCACAAAUUGUGAGAUCAUGACCUGAGCCAAACUUAGAUGCUUAACUGACAGAGUCACCCAGGUGCCCCUCCGGGUUGAGAGUGUGAACCCCAUGUUGGGACUAGAGAUUCCUUUACAAAAUUAAAACAUCUUUUUUUAAAAAGUUUAUGUAUUUAUGUCUCUAAGUUUAUGUAUUUAUUUAUUUAUUUGGGGGACAAACAGAGAGAGGGAAAGAGAGGCUCCUAAGCAGGCUCUGCACUGUCAGCAGCUCAAACUCACGAACCACAAGAUCGUGACCUGAGCCAAAAUCAAGAGUUGGACGCCUAACUGACUGAGCCACCCAGGCACCCCCAAAAUUUGAAAAUCUUAAAAAUUUCCAAAAAGCACAAAGGGAAAGAACAACACAUAGAGGCUGAGAAGAAAUUGCCACAGUUGGAAGCAAACACAGGCAGACAAUAAGAGCAGAGACAUCAAAUGUAAUCAGACAAAAGCCAGAGAGGCAAAGGUAUAGAAGUUGAGACAGAAACAAAACAGAGUUGUGUCAGAGAGGUUGUCCUUGAUAGAAGCAGUAUCUUCAAAACUCAAUUUGCCAUCUUAACUGAAUACCUUCAUUAACAAAAACACUAUCUUGAGUUUUCAAAGCAAAAGAAAUGUGACAAACUCACGGAAGAAAUCCGUUCCCUAAGUAUGUGUUGAGGUCAAUAUUGAUUUGUUCCAAGCCCUGCAUGUUUUCUUGUGCUGCCGACACAAGUUUAUGGUUCAAGCGAGUACUCCUCAAGUGACUAAUUGAUAGUAUCUUGUGAGAGAUGCCAAGACCUUGACCAUUAUGGAAAUAUAGCUGUUCCUGUGGGUUAACUAGUAAAACUUGUACAGGAAGGGUAAGAUUAGCUACUAGGUAGGGGUAGGACAUAAGCAAACACCUGAAGAAUUUGGAAUCAGACAAAUUUUCAUCACAGUGACCCAGUGAAACUUCAGGAAGGCAAGACUGCAUUAUGAUUGUAAUUGAUUAAGUAGAUAUCUCAUCACAGAGACCAGUUAUAGAUGGUGUGGACCAGAUAUAGAUGAUGGGAAUUGGAGAGACAUGGUCAGUUGGGUCCCUAGAAAACAGAAACUCAAAAAUGCAGAGGUUGGCAAAUGCUGCAUUUGGUACAAUGAGUUGGGUCACCAUGGCAGUGACCUGUCAGACCUCACCAUGGCCUAGUGAAGUGGCCCUCAAGACUGACUCCAUGCCUACCAAGCUAUUGGCUGAUGAAUUAUUUGUCCUCUGGCACAAGGGAGUGGCUUCCGGGAUGGGAGACAUUGAUAUUUUAUAGUCUUGAAACACUAUCCUGAUCAUAAAUUAAUAAAUUGCUAUGCACAUAA